AUGGACCAGCGAGGCUUCUCGCCCAAGAAAGAAACGUCUCCGCUGAAGCGUUCAGCCAUAGCCUAUGGAAAUGGCCCCGCUUCUGGAAAUAUGAGUGCACAGAUGGCCAUGCCAAGUCUUCGGACACCUAGUGGCAUGAAUGUGGCUAGACCAACCGAAGUCAGUGUGCCGAGUGAGCCGAUUCAAACCUAUUUGCGGAUCCGACCGCCAUCCAUUGAUGAACGCGACAACCGUGAAUCAAGUGCGCCAUCAUAUGUCGAAGUGCUCUCUGAUACACAAGUGAUGAUGCAUGCGCCGCCAGAAGUUUCGCUAUCCAAGUCACGCUUACGAACCAACCCUGCAGCACCAGUGAAGUAUACAUUCUCACACGUAUUUGCACCUCAUCUUCAGGAAGAAAAUAACGCGUCUCGCAGCCAGGUGCAGGCAGAUUUCUUCACAAUGACGACGUUGCCUCUUGUACAGGAUGUGUUGAAGGGAAAGAACAGUCUUGUCUUCACAUAUGGUGUUACCAAUUCAGGAAAAACAUACACAGUGCAAGGCCUUUCGCGAAAUGGAGAAGCUGGGAUCCUUCCUCGUGCUUUGAAUGUCAUCUUCAAUAGCAUCCAUGGACGCGAAUGUACGAAGGCCGUGCGGCCAAUGGGCCUGAAUGGCGUUCAACCGGGUGUAUCGGAUCCCAGUCAAAGCUUGCUUUCCGGUCGUAUACGCCCACGCACCAGACUCAAGCAGCGUCUGAAUCCGAUAAUGGGACAAGGCAGUACCUCUAUUGACAUCGCCAAUGCCAUCAACACAGGGAUCUCAGAUACAGCGAAGCAAUCAGACGAGUCAUGGCAGAAUCACGCUACAAAAGUCGACGUUCUUGAAAAUGUCCGUUACAGCGUAUGGGUGAGCUAUGUUGAGGUGUAUAACGAAAAGUUGUAUGAUCUGCUCGAAUCACCCACGCCAUCGCUGCUGUCUCGUGUGGAACAUGACGUGCCGGGCGCUGACACAGAUCUAGGCGCUCUAGCCUCUCCAUCCGUCCCAGCAGCAGCACGUAGACCGCUUCUACUAAAGAGCGAAGCGGAAACCGGGGGCAAAUACGUGAGCGGGCUCAAAGAAAUCAAAGUUAACAAUAUCCAAGAAGCCCGUGAGCUGCUCCGGUGUGGUCAAGAGAACCGUUCCGUCUUCGGGACGAUGGCGAACCAAUCCAGUUCACGCUCACACAGUGUCUUUACAAUCAAAAUCCUGCGAGAAAAUACGAGCGUCGAAUUUGCGAGCAGCGAUAGCGCUGGUCUUUCUCGCAAGUAUUCUGUGUCGCGUCUAAGCAUAGUAGAUCUAGCUGGAAGCGAGCGAAUCUCUAACACUGAUAUUUCAACAGGUCCACGUCUUAAAGAGGCCGGCAGCAUUAACAAAAGUCUUAUGUGUUUAGGGCAAUGCCUUGAAACGAUGCGCAAAAACCAGGCCCGAGCAGGUAUCGGCGCAUCGCUCUCUUCAUCUCGUUCUGAAGAGUCACGGAAAAGGCGACCAAGCAUUGUGCCAUUCCGGCAUUCAAAACUCACAGAGCUAUUCCAGUCUUUCUUUAUGGGUGACGGCAAGGUCAUCAUGAUUGUGAAUGUCAAUCCUUCUGGCACAGGCUUCGAAGAAAGUUCUAAUGUCAUGCGGUUCAGCGCAAUGGCAAAAGAAGUGGGUAUCCAAGUUUCAUCUCCUGCGUCAACGGCCACCGUCGGACCAUCUACGUCUUGUUCUGACUCGUUAGGAUCGCAACACGUUUCAGAUGCACCUGAUGCAAGUGGCUUAGAUGCUAGUUUCAACACAGAGAAACUCAAUACGUCUGAUGAUGACGUCGACAACGACGAUGAGGAGCAAGAUGAGUUCGUAAAUAUGCUUCUUGCUGAAAAUGAGCGCUUGCGCCUACGCUGUGAACGCGCCGAGAAUUUAUGUCGAAUUGUGGAAAAGAAUGUGCGUGACGAAAUGGGGCAACAGUUGGAAGCUGGUCUAAAAAAUAUGCAACGUUUUUAUGAGCGUCAACUUCAGGCAGAGAUCGAUGCAAGCGACGCUUUCAUGGACCGGAAAAUUGAUCUGUUUGCUCGCCUCUCGCAAGCUGUUGAGCAUGAACCAUCCUCUGCAGAAUCUAGUGCAUGUGACGAAAGUGAAGAUGCAGCGUCACCCGCGGCCCCAUCCCAGUUUCUUGCUGAAAACCAUGAUUAUGUGAAUGUAUCGCCAGGCUCUCAAAAACAGACAUCCCGUAAAUCCAGCCUCAAAUCUACCGUGACGAGCAGUGAUGAAUCGCAUGAUACCUUAUUAGUUGCUAAUACACCCAGCCCCUCGAGACGCUUUCGAAAACUGGCUCAAAGACCGGCUAUUCAGACGGAUGAAAUGGACCAAGUUGCUUUUGGUCUCGUUGAUGCGGCAGCCCGAACUAACACACACCGGACGCUACGGUAA